CCCCCCAAAAAAAAAAACAACAAACUGAAAAAGAAUAGAAAAUAAAAAAGACAACAUGAAGAAAUAGGGAUGAAGUUUGGGCGCCCGCCUACCGAUCCUGGAGAGACACGCCCUCAACACCGGAGACGAGCCGGAUAGUGUGUCGCUCUGCUUAACGUCAGACGUAGUUGCUCGCCGGCACCAGGGAGGAAGCGGGACACCUCGAGAGUGCCAAACCGGGAGACGAGGCGAGGAGGCGGUCUCUCUCCCUCCCACUCACCGCCUGCCUGUCGAACGGCGCCUCCACCUUGGAGGAACGUCCACCUGACGGAAGUUGAGCAGCCACGUCGGCGAUGGACGCCUUGAAAAACGCCGGGAGGGCGAUUAUCAAGAGCCCCGGCGUCCCGCGGCAUACGUGGGGAACUUCCAAGCACGAAAAGCUCGCGGAGAACUGGACGGACACCAAAGAGACUUUGCUGGAGGGCAUGGCGUUCAACGUGAAGUACCUGGGAAUGACGAUGGUGGGCCAGCCCAAAGGGGAGGACAUGGCCGCCGCCGCCAUCCGCAGGAUUGUUACCAUGGCCAGAGCCGGCGCUAAGAAGUUCCGCAAAGUCACGUUGACGGUCUCGCCGAAAGGUAUCGUCAUUACGGACACGGACACGGCGGACCUGGUUGAAAACGUCUCCAUCUACAGAAUCUCCUACUGCACAGCAGAUAAAAGCCAGGACAAGGUGUUUGCAUACGUGUCUCAGAGUGCCUUCAACGAGACGCUGGAGUGUCACGCCUUCCUCUGUCAAAAGAAGAAGAUUGCUCAAGCUGUGACGCUGACAGUCGCACAGGCCUUCAAAGUAGCUCUGGAUCUUUGGGAGAUUGCGCAACAAGAUAAAAGCAGCAAGGCAAGAAACGCAAGUUGUUCCUGCGCAGCCGGCGGCAAUGGACGCACGGCAGCAACAGACGCUCACUGUCUUCCUGCAGGCGGCCCGAAUGCGUGCGCGUCCGCCGGCGUGGACAAGAAGCCGUGUCGGCCGUUCCUGUCCACGUCCAUCAGCUCGCCGUCGCCUUGCAGCAACCCCGCUCGGUGGCGACCCAUCAGACACGACUCCUGGGACGCGGACGACGGCGUGGAGGACCAUCUGUCAAGGACCACUGGGAUUCAACUUUUGUGUGCGCGUUUGUGGACCCGCAUAAUGGGGCUGUUCGCUUUGUCUUGUUUCCGUUGCAAGCAGCAGCAUGGACGUAGACGACAAGUGUCGUGAAUGGUCAAGCCCGGCUCCUGAUCCGUCUUUGACGAUGCAGCUUUGAGUCGCCAAGUCGUCGUCGGACCGCAACGACUUGCUGGCAGCGCCAAAAGAGAUCAAAAGGACCGCUCGAGCGCAGUGUGGCUCAACUCCAGUGAGCGGCGACACCUCCCGUGUCGUCCCACAAUUUUGAGGGCAACCGCAAUGAAGACAACGACAUUUUAGCGCCACGAGGACGACCACCCCGAGUCCUUCACACUAAGCCUGUUCCCUUUUCCUGCGAUCAUAACAAAGAUGGCAACGCUGGACACGUUCCACC